AUGACCUGGCAGCCUCAGCAGCAAGGCCUAGAGGAGGUCCUACUGCUCCUCCGGCAAUCCAGCUCAAGUGACUCGGAAAUACAGCGAGCCGUCACCCAGCGCAUUGGCAUACUCAAAAACAACCCUGACUUCCUCGCCUACCUCUCCUACGUCCUCAUCGUCUGUACCGGUGAGCAAGACUCUCAUCGAGCCGUCGCGGGCUUGCUUCUCAAAAAUUCGAUUAGCGAGGACACGGUGAACAAUCCCGCGGGCGCUGCGGCAGUCGCCUAUGUCAGGGCGGUCAUCCUACAGGGGUUGUCGGACAAGGACCAGAUGAUCCGGCAGACGGUGGGAGCUGUGAUUACUGCGUUGUUGGGAAAGGCGGAUUCGGGGAGCUGGCCAGAAGCGUUGAACGCGGUGACGGUGGGAAUGGGAUCGCAGGAUAUCAACCUCGCCGAGGGCUCCUUCAACACCCUCGAAAAGAUCUGCGAGGACUGCCCCCACAAGCUCGACUUUGUCGUCUCGGGUCGAAACCUCCUCGACCACCUCGUCCCUGAAUUUAUCCGCUACACUGCCCACUCCUCCGCCAAAAUCCGUCUUGCCUGCCUGCAGUCCCUGCAAUCCCUCGGCGCACUCAACUCGCCCAGCAUGGCCGCCAAUAUCGACCCCUACCUCCAGGCCCUGUUCGCGCGGGCAUCGGACGAAUCCUCGGACGUCCGCAAAGCGGUCUGCGCCGCCCUCGCCGUCAUCCUCAAUACCCGCCCAGACAAGCUCGUCCCGGAGCUCAAAAACGUCGUCGACUACAUGGCGUACUGCACCACGGAGCAGGACGAGCUGGUCGCUCUCGAGGCGUGCGAAUUUUGGCUCACCUUUGCGGAAGAGCCAAACAUGAAGGAGCACCUCCGUCCCUACCUCCACAUCAUCCUCCCUUUACUGCUCCAAGGCAUGGUCUAUACCGAGUUUGACCUCCUCACGCUCGACGACGACGAAGAAGACGAGGCGGUGCCGGACAAGGAGGAGGAUAUCAAGCCUAAAAACUACUCGUCCAAGACCCACACGCACGAGUCGAACGACCCCACCACCGCGGGCCGGGUCGGGCAGUCAAGAGAGGCGGCGGACAGGGCGUUGGAGGAGGAUGACGACGAGGAUGAUGAGGAUUAUGACGAUGACGACGACGAGGGGUCGGGCGAGUGGAACAUCCGCAAGUGCUCGGCGGCGGCGUUGGACGUCAUGGCGGUGACGUUCAGGACGGACGUGCUGGAAAUUCUGCUGCCGCAUUUGAAGGACAGGCUGUUCCACGAGGACUGGGAGCAGCGCGAGAGCGGGAUAUUGGCUCUUGGCGCUAUUGCCGAGGGCUGUAUCGAGGGUCUUCAACCACAUCUCCAGCAGCUCGUACCAUGGCUCAUCAACUCCCUCGGCGACAAGAAGGCACUCGUCCGUUCCAUCACGUGCUGGACACUCGGCCGGUACUCGUCCUGGGUCGUCCAGACCGCUCAGGAGGACAAGACCAAGUUCUUUAUCCCAACUAUGGAAGGACUACUCAAACGCGUUCUGGACGGAAACAAGCGGGUCCAAGAAGCUGGCUGUUCCGCUUUCGCCACGCUCGAAGAGGAAGCCGAAGAGGCGCUCGCCCCGUUCCUCGAGCCAAUUCUGCGCAACCUCACCUUUGCGUUCCAGAAAUACCAGCAAAAGAACUUGCUCAUCCUCUACGACGCCCUCGGAACACUCGCAGACUCGGUCGGCAGCGCCCUUGGCCAGCCGGCAUACCUCGAUAUCCUCAUGCCGCCUUUGAUCGACCGAUGGAUGAAGCUCGCAGAUGAUGACGGAGAUCUCGUGCCAUUGCUAGAGUGCCUGUCGUCAGUAUCGAUUGCAGCUGGCGCGGCGUUCGCCCCUUAUACCGCGCCGGUCUUCCAGCGGUGCCUGAACAUCAUCCACACUUCGCUCCAACAGUACCAAGUCUGGGAGGCCGACCAGGAGAACAUCGAAGAGCCCGACCGGACCUUCAUCGUCGUCGCCCUUGAUUUGCUCUCCGGUCUCACCCAAGGUCUCGGCGACCAGAUCCACCAGCUCAUCGCCACGACCCAGCCGCCCCUGCUCCACCUCAUGGCUCUUUGCUUGACCCACUUUGAAGCACCCAUCCGCCAAUCCGCACACGCCCUCCUCGGUGACAUGGCCAUCUCAUGCUGGGCGAUCCUACAACCCGUCGUCCCCCAAAUCAUGCCUGCCGUAAUCGACCAGAUCAUCGCGGAACCAGGUCCCGAAUCCAUCUCGGUCUGCAACAAUGCCGCCUGGGCAGCCGGCGAGAUUGCCCUCCAAUACAAUGGCUCGGCCGCCCCACUCGAACCAUUCGUCCCGCCCCUCAUCUCCCGCCUGAUCCCCAUCCUCAUCAAUCCCAAAUCGCCAAAAUCGCUCAGCGAGAAUGCCGCCGUCACCAUUGGGCGGAUAGGUUUGGUCUGCCCCGCGACGGUCGCGCCGGAGCUGCCCAAGUUUGCGCAGGCGUGGUGUACCGCCCUGUGGGAGAUUAAGGAUAAUGAGGAGAAGGACUCGGCGUUCAGGGGGUUCUGCAUGAUGAUCUCGGCGAAUCCUGCGGGGAUUGAGAGUGCGUUCCACUACUUCUGCAAUGCCAUCUGCAAGUGGCAGCACCCAUCAUCACAGCUGGACAAUAUGUUCCGAUCGAUCCUGCAAGGGUUCCGCAACAACCUCGGGGCAAAUUGGGAACCGAUGGUCUCGUCAUUCCCACCAGUCAUCCGCGAACGUAUGCGGGAACGAUACUCGGUCUAA